UUAAAAAUAAUGCUUUCGAAAGCAAGUACAAUGCCUGUAUCGAAUUCACUUUUUGUUUUGGUUGUAAAUGAAUUGAAGGAAAUAGGAAUUAAACACAAAGAAAAGAAACCCAAAAUAAUAAAGGCUUCAGUCGAACAUCGGUUGUUUCGCCAAGGAUUGCAAUACCUAAAAUUGGCAGAUGCAUUUCUUGAAAAUGGAACAGUGGUACAGAUACCGCAAUUUGUUGUCGAAGCUUGUAGUUUUAUAUUGGAGCAUUGUGAAACAGAAGGCAUAUUUCGAAGAGCGGGCUCAGCGAUAAAGCAACGAGAGAUUCGUAAAUUUCUCGAAGCUGGGAAUUCUUUAGGAAAAUGCCAUCGGGUUAUAGAUGUUGCCAAUAUUGUGAGUUAUUUCUUUCGAGAGUUACCUGAACCUCUUAUUCCAUCUUAUUUACACGACACUCUCGUAAGAUGCCUCUUAACUCCAACAACAACAUCAAAUACCAUUCAUUCCAUGCAAUUGACUUGUUUGAUAAUGCCCUUGCUGACAGUUCAAACUCUGGCAUAUUUUAUGCAAUUUCUAAACACGAUCACAAGGCAUGUCGCAUCCAACAAAAUGAGUGCUCAAAACUUGGCAAUUGUAAUUGCACCUAGUAUCAUGCCAUACCGUGAUAUUAACAGCGUCCGCUUCAAGAAUCACAUUAAAAUAGUUGAGAUGCUUAUCAACAACGCUAGCGUUAUUGGAAAUAUCCCAGAAAGGAUUCAAGAUAAACUUGGCAGCAAAUCCAAGAAUUUAUUGAACACAUGUUUAAUAGCGACAAAAAAAAAGAGACAUGAAUGCCGCAGACCUCUUACUACCCAAAUGCAGCGACGAAGUAAUAUUUUUAGUAUGUUGAAGACAAAGGUUGGUUUAACAAUGAAUAGCUCUCCUGCAAAGCAAAGUGAUACUUCCAAUACUCAAGAAUUUGAGUUAAGCAAGGAAACCUCAAAGGAUAAAUGUGGAUCUGAAAUAAUCGUUAAGUCGCAAAUAUGUGCUGAACCUUUUGACGCUUUUCGAUCGAAACAAAAUGAACUAAUGAAUAUGAAUGGGAACUGUGAAAAUCAACCAGCUAACAAGCGAAGAUGGAGUGUUGUUCCAACAGGCUUCGCAAAAGAUAACAAGAAUAAAAACAUGAUAAAAAAUAUUCAAAUCCAAUCAGGUGAUUACACAAAAAAUUGUCCACAUACUUGCGAAAACGAAUUCGAUGCUGUUUUGGAACGGGUGUCAUCAAUAAAAAGCAAAAGUAAUACGCCCAAAGAGAAAUGCUUCUAUAACUUAGAAAGUCUUGUAUCUGAAGAAAUUUGUGUGAAAACCGAACUAAUUAAUACAAAAAUAAAAACACGACGAAGUAGCGAAGGUAAUUUUGUACGAUCCCUGAAUCUAGUUGGGACGGCACGGAGAACACGAGAACAUAUGUCGUCACGCAUUUAUCGGCAUAUUCCUUGCAAUAUUAAUGUACCAUCAGAUUCAACACCAAAUUUUCGUUCGUCCAAAAGUCAAAAUUUAAAUACCCCAAGUCCUGGUAUUAUACAGAAGGAUUUUAAUCAGUGGUUGCCAGCUGAACAUUUUUUUAAAAAUUUGGAUAACUGUUAUACUCCGGUGCAAGAAAUAGGAGUUCACUACGAUUCAAAAACGCAGGGAUUCGAAAAUUUAAAUAAAGAACUAUAUUUUACAAAAAAAAACAUAACAGAAAAGACCAUCGUAAAGUUAAAGUCUUCAUCAAAAAUUAUUGUUGAGGAACAAGGUCGCUCUUCUAUAGCUCGACUUCGUACUGAAAACUUUGGAAUGGUUUUAGCUAGAACUAAAUUAUUUGAAUAGUUGUAAUAAUUUUGUUUAAUAAAAAGAAAAAUGUAUGCCAAUAA